AUGGCCAAGACCAAUGCUAAAACGGUGCCGAGCGAGCUCAGCCUAAAGCUCCUCAUCGACACGACCGCGCAAAAAGUCCUGUUUGCGGAAGCUGGCAAGGAGGUAGUGGACUUCCUAUUCGGCCUCCUCUCGUUGCCUGUUGGCUCCGUUGUGAAACUCCUCUCCAAGGAUCGCAUGGAAGGCUCCAUUGGCAAUCUGUACAAAAGCAUCCAGGAACUCGACGACUCAUACCUUCAAAACAGCAAAGGAAAAUCCACCCUCCUCAAUCCAAUUCACUCCAUCUCUCCCUCCCUGCUCCUCCGGGACCCUCCUCCUCCUCCUGUAAGAAUGUUUACUUCCACUGCGUCAAUCGAAUUUACUCUGGCUGCUAUGAGUGAUGAGAAGGAUGAUGACGUGGAUCCAAAUGUAGGAUUUGUGAAGGGCGUUGUGACGUAUACUAUCAUGGACGAUCUGACGGUGACGCCCAUGUCCAGCAUCUCUAGCAUUACCCUCCUAAGUAAGUUUAACCUCAAGAAUUUGAACGCACUUGUCGAGAGGGAUGUGACACUAGGUUUCAAUGAGGCUCUGGAGGUGUUGGAGAUCUCCUUGCGGUCGAAGAAGGUCCUCACUGGCGUGUUUCUUGGCAAGAAGUAA